GGUAUGCUGAUAUGAAAAGGUGUACAUGGUAUUGAGACAAGUGUGAAAAUGAUUGGAAAAACUGUAAACCCAAUGUAAAACAUUCACGUUGUGCAGCCCAUAUUAUUCUGAAGCAUGCAGAAUCUGAGCUAGCCAGCUGUAGCUAUCCUAGUUGACUAAUUAGCUACUGGGAACAUAAUGAAAGACUACCGUAUACAAUUUAUUUCUAUAGCCCAUUCAAAAAACAAUAGGAGUUGUACCAAAGUGCUUUCUAGUUGUGGUAAAUAGAUUGACAAUAAGAAUAAACAUGAAUUAAAGGAAAUAAAUGUUAAAACAUACAAACAAAUAACAGGAAUAGAAGUAGAAAGAAUAGAAGACAAAAUAACACAAAAUACAUUCUCGAACACACUAAAGAAAUACUGAAACACACUAAUUAAAUACUAAAACAUGAUACAUGAGUACAAUUAAUAAUGAAAAGACACAUACAAUGAACAAGAUAAGCAAGUAAAAAGUUAAUCAGAUGAUCUUACUGUUGUCAUUAUGUUAACCGGUACAAUAUUUAUGAAUUAUGGUAUUAAAAAAAUGUCAGGUCUUGGGUCUGUACAUUAUGUUGGUUGUGUGUACGAUCAGUGAGAUUAAAAUUAUUACCAAUUAAUAAGAGUACUGGGAAUCAGUACAUUUAUCAUAUUUGCCAUUGCUCUUAUUAUGGAAAAGUAAGCACCCGGAAGUGAAAAUCACUGAACUCAAGAACGCUCCUUACAGCUGGAAGAAAAGUAUUGUUUGAAUGCACUUAGUUGGACCGCAGCGACUCGGUCUAUCAAAGAGAGCAAAUGUUUCUACCAGACCACAGAAAAAUACAUCGCUGAUGGUUUUGCACCCUCCUCCAAGUCCAAGUCAUCACGUUUUUAUACGAUACUUAUAGGUUAUUUAGUCAGUCAUGUGGCUAAAAACCACUAGCUUGCCAGCAACUCUGCGAGCACCUAGCAGUUAGCAGAUAGGUAUUUUAAUUAGCUAUCGUUAACUGACAUCUGACGUUAACGUUGGCUAAUUCGUCUGGUUUUACUGAGAUUGAGGUUAGUAGAGCAAGCCGCGGUUGUUCCUUAAUGUUAUCCCCAGAGUUAGUUGCCACUGUUAGACAUGUCUGGUUGGCAGAUCCUUGGAGUUGUCACUGUGUUAGUAUUAAGUGUGCUGUUGAUGGUCGUUGGGUACGUAGUGUACUCGGGCCUCUUCUCCAAAAUUAUCAUCCUGACUGGGUCGCCUCCAAUGAGAAAUAUCACAUUUGCCUACAAGUUUAGGCAAGGACCAUACAAAGACUGUGGAGUGCUCUUUACAGAGAGUAGUAAACUUGGUCCGAAGCUCUCCACCAUUGGGGUUUUCUACGAUGAUCCAAAAAAGGUGCCUGGGCCACUGUGUCGCUAUGCGGUGGGCAGCAUCUUGACUGAGGCGGGAAGCGCCCCCUGUGCGGAGACGCAGCUUCGCUACCAGGAGGCGGGCUUCCGUCUCUUCUCCUUCCCAGAGGUCACGCACGCUGUGUGUGCCAGCUUCCCUCACCGCACCCCCCUCUCAGUCUUCCUGGGGGUGCAGCGGGUCUACCCUCAGCUGGACACCUACAUUAAGAAGCGGCAGCUGUGUGCCCACCCAUUCCUGGAGGUGUACAGCGGGCAGCUGAUCCACUAUAUGAGCCCACUGGCGCGCCAGGACGGGUUCUAUGUGCCCGAGGUGCGGGAGGCAGAGCUCAGAAGAGCAGGAGAACAGGAUGAGGAAGAGGAUGAAGAUGAUGGGGCAACCAUUGUCUCAGGUACAGGAUCCUAUAGCCAGUGCAGCUCUGUGAGUGGUCGACUCCGCCCACACAGCCAGUGCAGCUCUGUGAGCGCUCAACUCCGCCCACACAGCCAGUGCAGCUCUGUGAGUGGUCGACAGCACUCCCACAGCCCGUGCAGCUCUGUGAGUGGUCGACAGCGCUCCGACAGCCAGUGCAGCUCUGUGAGUGCUCGACAGCGCUCCCACACCCCGUGCAAGUCUGUGAUUGGCCAGCACCACUCUCACAGCCCGUGCAAGUCUGUGAUUGGCCAGCAAAACUCCCACGGCCACAGGUGCAGCCUCACCCCCUGCUCUACUCCCUGUUCCCUCCCAUUGGAGGGCCGCGGGGAUGCAGCAGAGGACAGGACUGAGAGGACCCGUAGAUCUUCCCCCUCCCCACUCAAAGGGCUGGACUUAGAGCUGAAGGUCCACGCCCGCUCCUCCUGCCAAAAAGAGCUGGUCCAGGAACGAGGGAUGGCCACUGAGGGAGAGGAAUGAGAGGAGGAUGGAGAGACAUGAUGCUGGCUGGAGAGAAGGGAGCCCAUGUUACAAGUGCCUUGUUUUUGUGUGCAACUGACUUAGUGUACCGUCAAAAAAAAAAAACAGAUUUCAUUGUUAAAUACCACUUGCUAGAUGUGGCCUUAUCCUUCGAUUGGGUAGCAGUAACCCAUAACACUUGUCAACUCAAAAAAAAGAAUGGGAUUUCAGUUUAGCCACUACCUGCUAUUCAGUGCUAAUUUGAUUUAGCUGUGACAUCAUAUGUUUUAACACUAACCUCAGUUACGGUGAUGGAGCUGUACAUUGAAAAUGCAUGAUUUGAUUUUAGAAGGUGCUAAGGACCCAAACGUUGGUUUGGGGUUACAUUCCACUCUAUAGAUCUGCAUCAAUCAUAAGACUCCAAAUACUUCACUGUUCCUACUGUUGUAAGACUCACUGUUGUCAACAUUAUUAUUAUUAUUGUAAGCCGGAAGAAGAAGAAACAGGGACACUUUAGUGCCUAUUUAGAUACCAAUAAAACAGCCCUCCAAACAGAAAGCCCAGGUGUGAAUGCCCAGGUGUGAAUGCCCAGGUGUGAAUGCACAGGUGAAUACCAUUUACAUCGUAAAGUUCUGGCUCAUACUUGAAUGAAUGUUGAUGGAACGACAAUAAGAAUCUGGAAUUUUUGUUCAGGAUCGAAAGCAAAGCCAUUCUUAUCCAUUUAGGCUGCUGUUAAGAGAACGUUAUUUAGUGUUACAAACUAGUAAUAUUACACACACCUUAUGUGAGUGUGUAUUUAUAUGAUGGGAUUAGGUCCUUUUUUUAUCUAUACUGUUAUGGUUUUGUCAGAUAUUUUGAAUGUUUAAUUCUGUUAUUAUUAGUGUGUACGUAGACAUUGUUUUAUAUUCAUUCAGUUUUUUAUUAAUUCUUCUCCUUCAGGGUUGGAAACUAUAAACCUGUAAAUCUCUGCUUGUAGAAUGGUACACCACCAGAAUUCGAUAUGACUUGAAAUAAUAAUCUGUGAUCAAUAUUUCACACACAACCUCAAACUUCAGUUGAUGGCCAGGUCCGUCAUCUGAUAUAUAAUUUACUGAUCUGUGAAUUCUUUCAAGACACUGGAUAUUAAAUAUUAUUCUUUUAUUA